UUCUGACUACACAACUUAUAGGUAAACCCGCGCGCUCGCUCCGCUACUCCAACGCAAACACGCUGGGGCCUUCCCCUGGACAGUUAUAGUGACACUUCGUACUUCAGAGAUCCACCGGGUUGCAUUUCCACCGAACCACUGGUCGUUGAUUCCGGACCCACCCACAUCUCGUUGUCAUGGGGCAAGCCGGUUAGUGCCAACUCGGCUCCGGUGAUGGCUUACAAGGUGGAAGCCUGGAUUGUAGGUCACGAGGGCGGAGCAUAUUGGCGGGAAUUGGGCCUGACGCCCAUAAACUCCUUUGACGCCUUUAACCUAAAACCCAAUGUUGAGUACCAUUUCCGAGUGACACCUAAGAACCGAUAUGGUUGGGGACCUACCGUCCAGACCAGCAGUCCUCUUCAAGUGGGCGGUGUUGAGUGCUUGCCUGAAUUCGUAAAGAUUCUGCCAGGACAGGCCAAGGCUCUUUUGGGAUCCUCUUUCACCCUGCAAUGCAAUAUGCGUGGAGCUCCAAGGCCACAGGUCACAUGGUUUAAAGAUGGCAUUCAAUUGAGCAGCAGUUCGGAACGCGUCAAGAUCCGACAGAUCGGUUCCACCUGUGCCCUUACCAUCUCCACUGUCAGCGAACUGGACUCGGGUCGUUACACCUGCGAGGCCACGAACUCGAAGGGUAGAGUUUCUACCUUUGCCCGGCUCCAAGUUGUCUCUGAUUCGAGGAUCUAUGAGGCGGACUCGCGAUUGAAGGAGAUCACCCAAGGUCGCAAUGUGGCUGAUGUGGGCGACUCGCUGCCCAUCUUUACUAUGCGUCUAAGGGACCGUCGCGUCCAGGUUACAUAUCCAGUUCGACUUACCUGCCAAGUUGUUGGCUAUCCCGUCCCGGAGAUCCUAUGGUACAAGGACAAUGAGCUCAUUCAUACUGAUAGGAAACAUCUCAUCAGCGCCGAGGGACAGUUCUUCACGCUAGAAAUUGCCGCCACCACGCUAGACGACAGUGGUACCUACACCUGUCUGGCGAAGAACGAACUGGGUUCCGUUUCGUGCCACAGCACCCUCGUCGUGGACAAAGGCAUCAGGGCAUACAUCUCUCCAGAUUUCUAUGUGCCUUUGGAUCCGUUCUAUAUAUUCCGUGAGGGCUCUGAAAUCCGUUUGUCCACAAAGGUUGAGGCAUAUCCAUCCGUGGGCGUCACUUGGCAUCGCAACGGCAUGCGUCUGCGUCCCAGUCGUCGUCUAACCGCUACCUUGGACUCCAAUGGAUUUGUGGAGCUAAUUAUUGCGGACGCUACGGUGCGAGAUGCUGGAAUUUAUGUGUGUGUUGCAUCCAACGUCGUGGGAAAGGUAGAGACCAUAUGCCGGGUAGCCAUCGAGGAGGAAGAAAACAAGUCGGUGGUUUCGCAGCGAACCCUUGAAAUUCCUAGCAUCAAGACUGAUGAUCUGCCUUAUUCCAAGGAGCCCCUGUUUGUGGUCAAGCCACGUUCCAGCGAAGCAUACGAGGGCGACAACGUCAUCAUAUUCUGCGAGGUGGUUGGCGAUCCCAAGCCCGAAGUCGUUUGGCUACGCGAUUUUUUGAAUCCGGAGUACUACAAGGACGCGCCACACUUCCGGCGAAUCGGAGACGGACCCGAAUACAGAUUGGAAAUACCCAGCGCCAAGUUGGAUUUCACUGGCACCUAUUCCGUAAUAGCCAGCAAUUGCCAUGGCGAGGCCAAGGCUGUAAUAUCCUUACAAAUAUUCGCCAAAGAUAUUCUCAACAAAAGCCGCAUGGAUAAAGUGCAUACAAGGCAUGGCAACAUCGAGACCCUUCCCCGAUUCGUUCGCAACUUGCGAAACCUGCGCUGUUGCGAUGGGGAUGCGAUAUCGUUGGAAUGCCAUGUCGAAGCAGAUCCGGAGCCAUUCAUUAUCUGGGAGAAAGAUGGCCAUGUUUUGCCCAGCGAUCGGGACUACGUGAUGUCAUUCGAUGGAACGAAGGCAACCCUGAGCAUUCCGCGUGUGUAUCCGGAAGACGAAGGAGAGUACACAUGCGUGGCUAAGAACUCGGUUGGUCGCAGCCUCUCCUCCGCCUGCAUUAUUGUGGAUGUCCCCGAAGAGAAGGAGAAUAUGUUGAGUCGCCAGCUAACACGUCCCACUGGGCUGCUCUCAGCGCACUCCACGCCUCGUUCCACGCCAAGAUCAACGCCCGCAAGGAGCUUCUCCCCGCUGCGUUUAUCCUACCGCACCAGCAGCAUUGAUUUGUCCGGAGUGGCGGAACGAAGACGAAGUGACGCCCGGAAUGCCAUUACGGCGCCCAAGUUCCUUGCCAUUCCCUACAAUCGAGUCGUCGAGGAGGGCGACAGUGUACGUUUCCAGUGCGCCAUUUCCGGACAUCCCACUCCAUGGGCCACCUGGGAUAAGGAUGGCUUAAUUGUCACACCCACGCCCCGCAUAGCCGUCAAGGAAAUCGAUGAUCUACGCAUCAUUGAGAUUGAUGAGGUGUCCUUCGACGAUGCUGGACUGUAUCGCGUCACGCUUGAAAACGAUUUCGGUCGGAUUGAGGCCACCGCUCGUUUAGAUGUCAUCCGCAGCUCCCGCUACUCCAAGUCCCCUUCCGUGCGCAGUGUGCGCGCAUCGUCCUCCCGCCGAAAUGCUCAUUUGUACAGACGCAUCAUGGGUCCAUCCACAGCAAUUGGCGGACGCAUGGCCUUGGCAAGUGGCUAUCGGGGCUCAUCGGUGCCCUCUGUGAGAUUCUACCACAACAACGUGGAGAUGGAGGCUUCUGAGCGAGUUCACAUCCUACUACAGGAGGAGGAAUCGAUGGCACUGCUAAUUGUAGACAAUGUUACGCGAGAGGACGAGGGCGUAUACACCUGCAUCAUAAGCGGCGACCACGACCCACUGAUCAGCUCGACCACAGUCACCUUCCACGAACCGAAUGCCGAGAUUCAGAGACGUCGCGCCGUCAUCACGGAACCACUGCUUGAGAUUACUAAAGCGCUGGAGGGCGAGGUGAUCGAUCUGUGCUGCGCCAUCGAUUGUGAUGAGCCCUACAGCUACGUAUGGCUGCGAAAUGGCGAAAUUCUACCGGACAGCGAUGAGUUCAAUUACAUUGAUCACGGCAAUGGUCGACUCUGCCUGCGAAUCAACGACGCCUUCGACAUUGACUCGGGCAUUUACAGCUGUCAGGUGUUUACCUGCCUUACCAAUGACUCCACCUCCGACUCCAAUUCCAUCUCCGAUUCAAUCAACAUCUCCAGCGAAUGCGAUUGUUGCAGCAGCGGGGACUUGUGCGUUUUGGAGCGUGAUCUCCACAAGCAAGAUGAAGAGUGUGUCCAGCUUUUAAAGUCACCACUUCCCGUGGUCUGCGGAUCCGGCGAAGAGGCCCUAUUCUAUGCCCGUGUUUUCCCCUGCGAAGCGGAAGCCGAAUGGUAUCUCAAUGGACAACUUUUAGUAGCCCAAACAGAUGACUCACUUAACAUGACGUUGGAGUCAUAUCCAGAGAACGGCAUUCGGCUACUGCGCAUGCGUGACGUCAGCGCGUCAAGGAGCGGAGAGAUCUGUCUGCAGGUGAAGCAUCCACAGGCAGAAUCCCGGCGUAUACCCGCCACCCGUACUUACACCAGCCUUCUGGUACUGCCCGCCAUCAGGGGCAACAGCUCCUGUUCCUCGCUGGCGGCCAGAAGCUGCAUUUUGACACGCCCCGAGGAUUGCACCGCCCUAAUCGGUGGACAUGUUCGGCUGAGCGUACGCUACGAGCCAUUCCCGGGCACCAAAGUCAUCUGGUACAAGGCGUGUCAUCCCAUUGUUGAGAGUUCCAAUGUGACGAUACGAACCACGGGCCAACAGUCGACGCUCUAUAUCACGGACAUCUCAGCGGAUGACAGUGGCAAAUAUACAGUGGAGGUGAUGAACGACUACGGUGUGGAGGCUUCGGCUGCUUCAGUUGCAGUUGAAGGACCUCCAGAGCCACCCAGUGGCCAACCCAGCGUAUCUCUGGGACCAGAUCGCGUAGCAGUGGCCUGGUGUGGUCCACCCUACGACGGUGGUUGUAUGAUCACAGGCUUUAUCAUUGAGAUGCAGACCAUUGGAGAGGAUUGUGAGAAGGACUGGCAGCAGGUGACACGAGUGGUGGACACCUUAGCCUACACCGUCAAGAACCUCCAGCCGCAGAUGCAAUAUAGAUUCAGGGUUCGUGCUGAGAAUAUUCAUGGACGCAGUGAACCUGGUCAGGCCAGCGAACUGGUACAGAUAACCAGCAAGCCAGUGAGGUCUAUAUCAGAGGUCACCGAUCAUUUUGGCCAGUCGGUGAGCGUACAAUCCGGCGGAGACUUCAAAUCGCGAUUUGAGAUCAUCGAUGAGCUGGGUAAAGGCCGUUUUGGCAUCGUCUACAAGGUGCAGGAACGUGGACAGCCAGAGCAACUGCUGGCCGCUAAGGUGAUCAAGUGCAUUAAGUCCCAAGAUCGGCAGAAGGUGCUCGAGGAGAUCUCCAUCAUGCGUUCCCUGCAACACCCUAAACUACUUCAGCUGGCUGCCUCCUUCGAAAGUCCCAGGGAGAUUGUCAUGGUGAUGGAGUACAUCACUGGCGGCGAAUUAUUUGAAAGGGUUGUGGCUGAUGACUUCACCUUAACCGAAAUGGACUGCAUCCUGUUCCUUCGACAGGUUUGUGACGGAGUAGCCUAUAUGCACAGCCAAAGCGUGGUGCAUCUGGACUUAAAGCCCGAGAAUAUCAUGUGCCAUACCCGAACGAGCCACCAAAUCAAGAUCAUUGACUUUGGCCUGGCCCAACGACUGGAUACGAAAGCCCCCGUCCGCGUUCUCUUUGGAACCCCAGAAUUUAUACCACCAGAGAUCAUUAGCUACGAACCCAUAGGUUUCAAAUCCGAUAUGUGGAGUGUGGGCGUCAUUUGCUACGUGCUACUGUCGGGUCUUUCACCUUUUAUGGGCGAUACCGAUGUGGAAACCUUCUCGAACAUCACAAGAGCGGAUUACGACUACGAUGACGAGGCCUUCGACUGCGUUUCCCAGGAGGCCAAGGAUUUCAUCUCGCAAUUGUUGGUUCACCGAAAGGAGGAGCGUCUGACCGCCCAGCAAUGCUUGGAAUCCAAGUGGUUGUGCCAGCGCCAUGACGACAAUCUCAGCAACAACAAGAUCUGCACAGACAAAUUGAAGAAGUUUAUCAUAAGGCGAAAAUGGCAGAAAACUGGUAAUGCCAUCCGUGCUCUUGGCCGCAUGGCCAAUCUGUCGGUUUCACGAAGGAACUCCGCCAUUGCCAUGGGAGCACUGAGUAGUCCAAGGCCAUCGAUAUCGGGCUUAAGUAUGCUGACCGCUACUGCCAUCGGUAGUGGUAUGAGCUCCCAGAUGUCUUCCUUGCACGAGGAGGAGGACGACUUCAGUGUAGAAAUGCCGCCAGUGGAGAAGCGUACCGUCCUCAAACUGCGGGAUAAAUCACAGUGCAGUGAACGAAGUGAUUCGGGUUACAGUGAGUGCUCCAAUUGCAGUGGAGCCCAGGAGACGUUGCUUCUCUCACUGGCCAAAUCCAAGCUAGAGGCGAUAGCCAAGGCGAGCAGCUCGCUUACAGUAGUCCAGGAUACAGAGCAUCCGGACACCCUGGAGUUGCCCACCAAGGGUGAGGCCAUCAUGCGAUCCGACUUCACCAAUACCGUCAAGAUGCGCAAGAAGUCACUGGAGGAUAGCGCUGCUCGGGAGAAACCGAAGUCCAAGCCCCAAGUCAAGCCUCUGUGUGAGUCCAAGCUGAAGGUGUCCCAGCUAAAGGACAGGUUCCAGGGGUUCCCUGCUCCUGCUUCUGCAUCCGCUGUUAACAAACCUCCGCUUGCCUUUGAGCCCAUCAAAAUAGCCAAGGUGGCGAGUGUGGGACGAAUCAGUAGAACAGAUGAGUCAGGAAAAGCUGGAAAAGUCACCGUAUCCAGCAUCGCCAGUGUCUCCUCUAAAGGCAAACCGCCUCAGGCUAGAUCCAUGCCAAGUUCACCGCUGCCCCAGCGAUCUGCCACGCCGACGCGGCUGAUGAGCCAACGUGUCCGUGAGGCGGCCGAGCGUCUUGCCCAACAGCAUACGGUGGCCAGUGCUCAGCGGCAAUUUAGCAAUGGGAAAAGUAAUGGCAAUAGUAAUGGUAAUGGUAAUGGGAACACGGCGGAGACAAAUCGCGAAUCACGUGCGCGACGUCUCAUCAACCGAUUCAACAACGAAACGCAGCAUAUCACGUCCUAGAUUAAGUCGGUUAAAUGCCGACCAGCAUAACUUUAUUACAGAUAUAGCAGAUAUAGCAUUGUUUAAGCAAAAACAAAACCCCAAAAAUGAAACUCUACGAACACUCGAAUAUAUGAAGCGACCGC